GAAGAACACCGACAUGGCCGCUGCUGUCCCGAACUCAGAGGAUGCAGGCAGAAGCAGUGGUCCGACCACGGCCAGCGUUCUAGCGGGGGACGGGGAGUCUGAGGAGGCAGAGGAGUUCGCGUCUGCAACCCACUGCUCAGAGCUCUCCCGCCGGCAGAACGAGCAGCGGAAGCUCGGGCUCUUCUGUGACGUGACUCUGGCAUUCAGUAGCGCGACCAGUAGUGACUUCGAGUUCACAGCGCACCGCUCCGUCCUAGCCGCGGCAACCGACUACUUUACGCCGCUACUAGGGGGUCAGUUUUCGGAGUCGGUUUCGCGGCGGGUGGAGAUGAAGGAGUGGAGCAGCGAGGCAGGCCUCGACCGAGAAACGGUAGAGAGCGUCAUCCAGUUCAUGUACACGGGCGAGAUCCAUGUAAGCACCGCGAACGUACAUGAGGUUUUGGAGCUGGCAGACAGGUUUUUGCUGGUGCAGUUGAAAGACUUUUGUGGGGAGUUUCUGAAGAGGAAGCUUAGCUUAGGCAAUUGCGUGGCUGUCCAUAGCUUGGCACACAUGUAUACUUUGGAUCAGCUGGCCUUGCGUGCUGCUGACAUGAUAAGGCGCAACUUCCACAAAGUAAUCCAAGAUGAGGAAUUUUACACACUACCAUUCCACCUGGUCAGAGACUGGCUGUCUGACGCAGAGAUUACAGUUGACUCAGAAGAGAUUCUGUUUGAUGCUGUGGUCAAAUGGGUUCAAAAGAACUCAGAAGAGCGUGAGAAGUAUUUUGAAGAGCUCUUCCGCCUCCUCCGCUUGUCACAGAUUAAGCCAACCUAUCUUACAAGAAUUGUGAAAAAUGAACCUUUGGUGAUACAAAAUGUGGCCUGCCUACAGCUUGUUUCAGAGGCUGUGGAGGGUCAUGCUAUCCGCUUUGAGAACCUCAAAUCCACUGAUACAGAGUUCUGUGCUUCGUACAUGGCCACCUUCCAGCCAAGGUUUGGCCAGAACAUGGAUGUCAUAAUGGUGGUUGGUGGUGUGUCUGAGGGAGGUGACUACCUAAGUGAGUGCGUAGGUUAUUUUGUGUACGAGGAUCGAUGGAUCAAUCUGCCACACAUUCACAACCACUUAGAUGGUCAUGCUAUUGCAGUUACUGAUAUGCAUGUCUAUGUGGCAGGGUCAAUGGAACCAGGAUUUGCCAAGACUGUGGAACGCUACAAUCCAAUUCGCAAUACCUGGGAACAAGUGAGCAAUCUUACCACACGUAAGCAUUCCUUUGGACUCACAUGCAUCAAAAAUGUUCUAUAUAGCAUUGGUGGACAUGGCAACUUCAGCCCUGGAUUCAAAGAUGUGAGUGUCUAUGAGCCUGAACAGGACAAAUGGCACAACUUAGAGUCAGCCCCCAAAAUUUUGAGAGAUGUCAAGGCCAUUAGUGUUGAAGAUCGAUGUGUUUAUGUCACGGCACGAACACCUGUAGACACUGACAGUGAUGAUGGAUUGAAAACCGUCACUACUCGUUAUGACACUGACAGUCGGCAAUGGCAAGAGGUCGACUCCCUACCACUUAUUGAUAACUACUGCUUGUUUCAAAUGGCUGUAGCAUCCACUAACUUUUACCAUACUGCUUCCUGCUGUCCCAAGAGCUACACCAAUGUACGGGACGAUGUAGCUAGACAGAAAAUUAGCACAAGGAUCUCCGAUGAUAUUCUUGAGAGCCUUCCCCCAGAGGUUACUAGUAUUGAGGGUGCUGCUAUCUGCUAUCUUGGUGAUGAUGUGUUUGUAAUUGGUGGCUGGAAGAACAGUGAUGAUGUGGAUAAGCAGUAUCGCAAAGAGGCAUAUCGUUAUUGUGCUGAACGCAAGCGUUGGAUGCUUCUGCCACCCAUGCCCCAACCACGCUGCCGUGCAACAGCAUGCCACGUGCGCAUUCCCUAUCGGUUUCUUUAUGGGUGCCAGCGAUAUCCAAUGCCACAAAAUUUGGCACGGCAGAGGGAUCGCAUGCAACAAAUGCAGCAGUUACAUCGUCGGACAUUAACCCUGCGCAGGCAGCUACAAUCACAAAUUGAAUGCUGAAAGUCUUUAAAUCUCCACUGGGAGAGGUGCUGAAAUUAAGAAAACAUUGUCAUUAACAUUCCCUUUAUCCUGUUCUUCAGUGUGUUAUUUGUAUGUGUUGUGACUUUUGUCACAGAGGGUGUGCUUAAAAUGGAUAAAGAUGAUAAAGAGAAUGUGACUUACAGUUUUUUUCAGUCGCUAACAAGCGUUUGUCCAAUCAGUUGUCACAUUUUCAAAACUCUAAACACAAUUAGCACAGCAUCAGUCUUUUUUGGCCAUACCAUUGAUUCAUUACAUGUCGUUUUCACACAAUAUGCAGUCAGUAAACACAUUUCCACAAUGCUUACAUUUUCUUAACAGACAAGCUAUCUCCCACCAAAAUUAUGGAUUGUUUUUGUAGUAUUUACAAAUGCUUACACACAACAUCCCACAAUAGCAAAAACAAUAUUCCAAACCAUAGAUACAGUAUAAAAAGCUUUAUAUUGGGUAAAUUGGGCCAACCACAGCUGAUUCCAGUCUUGCUUUGGUUAUUUUUUCUUUUACAUUGAUACAGUAUACAGUAAAAGCAGGACUUUGAGGAGUGAUGUUUUUGAAAACAGAAACAGACAAACACUGUUAUGUCUGGACGAGGAAGCAUAAAAGCAAGGGGCACAUGGAGAAGAGCAGGCCCAGUGAGAGGUGCAGGGGCAGUGAGAGAUGCAGUGAGAGAUGCAGGUGCAGUGAGAGGAGCAGACCCAAGGAGAGGGCAAUGUAGAGGUGUAAGAAUGCAUGGUGGUGGCAUUCCAAGGGCUGCAAAAACAGUAGUCAGUGAUGAAAUUCACUGAUUUCAGUAAGAGAGGCUGGUGAAAGAGUGAAGCCCAAUUUUAGGAGGUUGCCUCCAUUAUACGCAUCUUUCAACAAACCAACAGGUAAGUAUUGCAUUUUACAUGGAUUGUUUCUAUUCUCACUUGACAUGUCAAUAAGGUCAUACAGUAAUGCAUAUGUAAAAAAUGUUGUCCCUCUAAAGAAUUCAACGUCUUCCACCCUCUGGGGGAAGAGGAAAGCUCCUCAAAAAUGAUCAAGAUCAAUACUGUAAAACUUUUUCUGUUCUAUCAUAUCGUGUUUCUACUUUACCUCCUGUAGUCAAGAGUAAGGGGAAAACUGCUUUUUACUGAAAUGCUUUUGAAUGUGAACAUUGCUGUACAUGUGGACACAGUUCCCAACCAAGACAUUUAGCGUAAAAACAGUGGAUUGCAUGUUUUGCAUGCAAAUACCUGUAAAACUGAAACCUAAAAGUCUAUGCAGUUUUUGUAAUGUCAACAAUAGCCAGUAUUUUGAAACCUGGUGUACUUUAAUUGAUUGCAUGUACCUUGUAAAGUGAAAAGUGUUAUUCUUUGAAAGAAUAAUUUUAUUUUGAGUCAGAUUUCCAGUGUUUUGGUAAAGUUAUUGUGUGCAGAGAAAGAUUUGUUCUAUUUUGAAAUGAAGAGUUCGUAUUUAUUUAACAAAAUGGGUUUUUGAGAAGAAAAUUAUGCGUUUUGCCAAUUGUGUUUUGUAGGUGGAAGUCUGUGUUAAGUGUUUAGAAAAAUUAUCUGAAGUAUGGGUAAGCGCUUGUUAGCGAUUGAAAAAAACUAUAAAUGGAAUUGUAUGAAAAAUGGAUACAUCUUUACGUAGGGCUAAGCAUAAUGUACUUGAAUAUAACUGAUGUUGUGUUAACCCAUGUUGUCAACCAUAUCCUUAGCUUUGCAGAAUAUAGAGUGUUUAGUUUCAUGUCUCUACUCUUAAAAAUAAAGGUGAUUCCCAGUGCCAUAUAAUAACCUUUUGAAUGAUUCUAUAAAGAACCUUUAACACAAAAGCUCUAAUAAAGCACACCUGAACAACUAAUCAAGGUCUAAAGAGUCACCUGUUUUAUCAGGGUUGGAAGUAAAAUCUGCAUGACAUCGCCACUCCAGAACCGACGUUGCCUACCCCUGCUUUAGAUUCUAAAGCAAAAAAGCUUUUUUAAAAAACCUUUGGCUAAAUGGUUCUUUGAGGAACCAAAAUGGUUCUUAUAUGGCAUCACUGUAAAGAACCUUUUAAGCACCUUUAUUUUAAAGAGUGUAGCCUGUUUCACUCAUGGUUACUCUUUAGUUUUCUUCAGAUGUUGCUAGGAAAUGCACACAUGUAGACGUUAUGUGAUAGUAUUGAUUAAUUUAACAGCAUGAGUAAAAAUGUUCCAAGGUCAACAUUGUUGUUUACAGAUUUUACCGUGAUCAGUUUAAUAUCUUUUUAUUACUCAGCCCUAUUUUCAUGUCAAAUGCCAUUUCUUGGCCUUAAGCUGGUAUGCGUUUGCCUUGUCAAUAUGCUGCAACUGCCAACAGUGGAAAUUAUUUCAUCUUUCA